GAUUCCCACGUAUACGUACUUGCGUAUACAUACUUUCAAUUUAUUUCAUUACAUUAAUAUCGAUUGGUUUCAAUUGGGUUUUCCCCAGGUUUUUCCCCUAAAAGUUUACCGAACCAAUUAGCCGUGAAGUUCAACGGAGCCAUUUUUUUCGCAGCCAAGGCAAGAAAAGUAGCCCCACUGUCUCAGUAAUUAAUUUAGCACCUUUUGAGCGGUUGCACCGCGCGGUACGUAUAAAAGAGCGGCAUCGAUUCCAACCAACUUCAAACCGAAAUCCUCUUCCGCACUUGGAACAUCCAGGAUAUUACUACUUCCCAAAAUGUCUCACAGUCCUAUCGUGUUGAUGUCGAUGGUGUUGGUCUUUGUGACGGUGUCCGCCCUGGCCUUACCUUAUCCGCAAGAAGAUGCGCCAGCAGCUGAUGCUGGUGAUGAGGUCGCCGCUAUUGACGAGACUGUCCCAUUAGUACUGCUGGAUGAAGGCGAUGAAACGAUUGACGGCCGUCACCAUUACAUCAGCAACAACCGUCGGCCGGCUGCUUAUUACAAUCGUCCUUCCUACAAUCGCCCGGCUAUGACCUACAACUAUCGCCCGUCUGCCGGUGCCUACAACAGUCGACCCCACAACUACGGAAGCGCUGGCCAUCACACUUCCGGCGGCUACGGAGGUUAUGCAGGCCAUCAAUCAAAUAACUACCACGGAAAUAGCUAUUACGGCUACCAGCAUUCGAAUCACGGAACGUUUGGCGGAUUGGGAUGGCGGGAGGCUCAGAAAUCUUCCGGUGAUGAUGUCGCUGCUGCUGCUCCACCAGUCGAGGAGGAGGAGCUUCUAGUCCAAGGUGUUGAAGAAGCACCAGCCGCCCCUGGCGUCGUCGUCUUCCAGCAAUAAGAAUGACAGCCAUGAACUGAAAUGACGACACGACAGCAAUUUGAAAUGCCCGCGUUUUUUAAUUCUCUCACUAUUUUGGCCACUUAUUGAUUUCCGACUGGGUUAUUAAUCAAUGUUUCUGUUAUGUUUUAUUCGUUUGUUUUUGUUACCUAUUAUUACACAUUGUUUGCUCCUUUCGAAAA